UUUUGGCGAUUUGGUUAUCUUUCUCAAGUGCUGUGGUUGGCGUUACUCUGGUAGCUUGUCGUGAGAGCCAUGUUCCGUGGUUGGAGAUCGUUGAAAGCCUUCUCCCAUUGUCUUGGUGCUUUAUGGCAAGUUAUAUCGAAGACAAGCUGGCUAAAGAAGUAAAGCAGGUGGAAACGCAUAUUGUAAAAUAUCUUAUUGACUAUCGUUGUGAUGAAACAACCAGGAACGUUCUGCAGACAUUCAAGCAGUUAGUGAGUACAAAUCGCCUCAUGUUCACUGCAGGCAACGUAUUCCGUUUGGACUACGGAAUGAUUCUUGGCACCAUUAUAAACAUAAUCACUUACAGCAUUAUAUUGAUUCAGUUGUUUUUGUCUGAGCCGCCGAAAGCCACGUGAGGCCCAUAAUCAAUAGCUAUCUUUGAAGAGGCAUUGUGUAGACUGGCUUGCGAUAUGACGUGGCCCUUUGCUCUAUUUCAUCAUACUGUGUGGGAAAUCCUAUACCUACCAGCUGAGUCAAGGCGGAAAAUCUUCAAGAAGAAAUCCAGUUAUUACUAGUUUAUAUCAGAGCAGCAAAGGUAUUAGAGUUUGGAUAAUAUGAAGAUUAAUAAAAUAUUGUUCGCUGUGGCUUCAACGCCUGUUAGAUAUGAUAGAGCAAUUUUAAUAUAUUGUAUUGAUAACGUGAAUGAAAAAUUCGGAAAUUUAUUGGCUAAUAGUAAACAAUUGAAUUUUUCCUAGAGUAAGUCAUAGUUGUUCAAGUAAGUAUCAAUUAGGUAACUUUGGUAUGUAGAUUUCUAUACAUAAAAGCUUAUGAAAUGCAUUAACUGUAGUUAUAAGUGGUUUAUCUUGUGCCACAGUAUGUCUCAUCCUUUCAUUCACUUCGCCAUUGAUACAUGGUGUAAUAUAAAAUGGCAUUUGCUUUUACCUUCUAGCAGAAUGAUUUGUAGUAUUCAAAUAUGUGUAUUUAAGUAAAAUAUUUGCUACUUAGGCAAUUUAAUAUUUCUUUAAAAUCAUCUAUUAAUGUUGGUACAGAAAUAAAAGUUUAUUUUUACGCAUGUAUAGAUCUUUUAAUUAAUUUAAUAUAA